UUGAUGUCGGGACUCCUCGCCUUGUCUUGGGCUCAAAUGAGCUGUUUGCUGUUGUAGGGAAACAUUAGUCCUCUACCAAGCAGCAAGCCGGGGGACGACACAUCUCAACUUUUUUUCCUGUAUGUGGUCGGGGUUUGUACACUUUUGGAGGCGCCCCACACAGAGGAGAUAUCACACAGAGAUCCCUUAAUUCUUCAUUUAUUUAUACUUUUUUUUUAGUUGUUAUUUCUAAGUGUGUAACAUCGCAAAGGGAGGUGGGAGAAGUAGACAUGCCUCAGCUCAGCAGCGGCGGCGGGGACGACCUGGGAGCGAAUGAUGAGAUGAUAGCGUUCAAAGACGAAGGAGAGCAAGAGGAGAAAAUCCAAGAAAACGCGUUCACGGAGAGAGACCUGGCCGACCUCAAGUCCUCCCUGGUGAACGAGUCGGAAAUAAAUCAAAGUCCGAACGCAGCGGCGGUCAGACGGGGACAGCAGGGCGAGCAGAGGGGCUUCCCAGAUAAACACCGGGAGCAUCUCGACGGAGUGUCGAAGCAGCAAGAUGGAGGCAUGUACAAGACGCCGUCAUAUGCGGGGUACCCGUUCCUUAUGCUGCCUGACCCCUACCUCCCCAACAGCUCUGUUUCUCCAUCUUCCAACAAAGUGUCGGUGGUGCAGCAGUCUCACGGGAUGCACCCGCUGACGUCCCUCCUGCCCUACAGCAACGAGCACUUCAGCCCGAGUCCUCCACACCUGCCCACAGACAUGAGCCAGAAGACAGGCGUUCACAGGCACCAGUCCCAGGACCUCUCAGGGUACUACUCCCUCCCUCCAGGCGGUGUCGGCCAGAUCACUCCCUCCAUGAGCUGGCAGAGCCAGCCAGUCUACCCUGCCCUGUCCCCCUGUGGAUUCAGGCAGUCCUACUCCUCCAACCUCUCCAGCGCCUCCUCCUACUCCAGGUUCCCUCACUCUCUGAUGCUCGGCCCGUCAGGCAUGCAUCCUACAGGGAUCCCCCACCCAGCCAUAGUGCCCCCUACAGGCAAACAGGAGCAUGAUCAGUAUGACAGGGGCAUGUACGUGAAGCCACAUGUUGAGGCCAAGCGGGAGAAGGAGCCCAAGAAGCCGGUUAUCAAGAAACCCCUGAACGCCUUCAUGCUCUACAUGAAGGAGAUGAGGGCGAAGGUCAUCGCCGAGUGCACAUUAAAGGAGAGCGCUGCCAUCAACCAGAUUCUGGGACGAAGGUGGCAUGCACUGACCCGGGAGGAACAGGCCAAGUACUAUGAGCUGGCCAGGAAAGAGAGACAACUCCACAUGCAGCUCUACCCGACCUGGUCUGCCAGAGACAACUACGAGGCGGGCCUUAGCGGGGUCGCAGGGGAAAAGAGUAAAGCUGAUUGGGGCAAAAAGAAGAGGAGAAAAAGGGAGAAGCUGCAGGACUCCAACACAGACCCGGGCUCUCCUAAGAAAUGCCGGGCUCGCUUCGGCCUCAACCAACAAACGGACUGGUGCGGUCCCUGCAGGAGGAAAAAGAAGUGCAUUCGCUACCUUCAAGGAGGAGGCUGCCCCAGCCCAACUUCUUCAGAUUUAAGUGCUAUAGACUCUCCCCCCUCCCCUUCCCCUGCCCGCCACCGCCUGUACCAGCAUCAGCUGCCCCCCUCCCCGGGCUGCUCCCCACCGCCCACCUCCCCGUCAACGCACCUCCCCUUGUCCCCGCCGACACACACACGCUCACACACGCGCUUACCCCUGCAGCAGUCUGCCAGCAAGCGAGGCGACCUCCGUCAGCCCGCGACCAAACACACCCACACACACCUGGAACUGACCGGCAAGCAGACCCACAGCUCGACGACGGCGCUGUCGGCUGCCAAGGCCGCAGGACUUUCUCUCAAAGUGCUAACAGAGUCUCAGUGAUCGCUCCGGGCCGCUCACAUCCCCGACCCUGUUCACCUCAGCUUCGUCCAGAGCCAUGAAGAUCAUCUUCCUCACCUGCCUUCAUUCUCACAUUUAUCUAUACACACUGGGGUCCUUUUGUUCGAUUAAAAUAGGAGUGGCAGGGUGCUAGAUUGCCCAGGAGUAAGAUUCUAGCUGUGUCUCAGUUCAGAGGCUGGAUCUUCCAUUGCGCAUCAACAACAACAAGAUCAGUGAGGCAGAUUCCGUCUCAAAGCCUCCAUCACAUGGGCAGUUAUUUAAUCAAGACUGCAGGCAAUCCUUGUCAACCUGAAGGUCUGGAAAUACUUGGCAGAUAUGUGGGUCAAGUGAUCACCAGUCACUGGGAAAUUGCCAUCAGCCUGGACAUGGUAAUAACUUUAGCUACAUUUGGUGAUCAGUAAGAACAACUUCCUGGUCAUGAACAAGGCUGUUCAAUGAAGGCUGGGCACACUCUUUGUCAGCAUACAAGCUAUGGGGUGUGACACAUGCACAGUGUAAGUGGAGCUGCGAUGUUGGAGGGUUACAGCAGACAGCACUAGAAAUAAAGGGAUGGUGUCCGAGAACUUUUGAGUACGCUCAAUGGAUGCUGGCUGACAUAAAACAUUUGCAUAGAGAAAGCAUUUGUUUUGGUCUUUUAUUACAGGCUUUUUUAAUAAUUAGAGAAUUGUAAUUCUCACUUUUAUCUUUGUUUUACACACAAAAAUAUUCCGACCCAAAGCUGACCGGGGACGCCUCAGUAAAAUGAAUCAGUCGUCCAUGAUGCAGACCAGAUUUCACUUGGCAUGUGUUUGACCUCAUUGGUAAGGCAUGAUAUGACACCGUGACAUCCUUGGUCAUUAACUUGGAAAUUAUAUAUUUUAAAGAGGUUGAUGAGGAACACCUGAAUGGACCUUCUUCACAGCAGACAUCAUGACUUGUCAUAGCAGGAAAAGCACUGGUGAAAGCGAUAACAUUAACAAUUAGUUCCAUUGAGUGUCCUGGUGUGCCAGUAUGCACCAUUUCAGGACCUCCUCUAAGUGGGAGACAGUAAUCAUUCAUGUUUUUGAAAUACACCUGUGCAUUUCCUACUGUGACGUGUCAAAAUGUCUGCCAUGACAAAAGUCUGUGUAGCAGAGCCUAUAGCCUCAUCCUUGGGAAGAUCCAGCCCCUGAGCCCUGCCACUUGUACAGAAGCAGACCAGUUCUACAAAGUAAAACUCCUUAGCCCCGCUCGGUGCUCUUUUUAAAGCCGGCCAUGUGCUUUGACCUCUAUGACAAUCACAAACAAAAUGGGACACGAGCUUUUGUUCAAUGAAUCACAUCAUCACACUCUUCUUCCGAGGCCACAGUGUUGUUACACACGCUUUCCUCCACAUUCAAGGGUUUACAUACGACCAUCACAGCUGUCACAUAUCCACCACCAUCACUCAGAGGGGGGGCAGAGACCAACACCCAGCCAGCCUGACCAGCAGAACCUCAGCUCCAAAGAGAGGGACACAAUCACUUUUGUUUAGCUGCCAUUUUGUUUUCACUGUUUGACUUGAGUUUCAUCCAUAUCCAAACAUUUCCACAACUUUUGCUCCCAGAUAAGAAAAAAAAAAUUCAGCAGGUGAAAAAGUCUCUCACAUGACAAGUAUCCCCAACUGCAAGUUACAUUAUCUCUUUUAGGCACUUUCAGGCUCAGUCUCUCACUAUAUCAACUGUUACAUUUUCUUCUGUUUCCUCCUAAUUUUUGGUAUUUUUGUAUGAAUCUUGUGAUUUUUUUUUAAGGUCAGAUGUUUUGCUGGCGGGGAAACCCUCAGAGAAAAGACGAGGGAUUUUUUUUUGUUCUCCUGGCUGUUUUAUCUUUAGACUGAACAUUUUGCAGCUCCGUAAACUUAUGAGACCAAAUGGGUACUAUUAUAUUGCAUUGUGUUGUAAAGUUUUUUAAAUGUCAGAACUCCCUAUUCUAAUGAAACUUUUAUAUGUUUUUAUGUAAAAAAAAAAAAAAAGUGGAAUACCUAAAAACAAAAAAAACCUUUUAGUUUCUACCAUUUCUUAAAGCAAUACAUUUUGUUUGUCCUCUUGUGCAGAAUUUUACUUUUUGUUUUUCAGUCAAGUGUUACUGCAGCAGCGUUAAAAGAAAAAAAGAUAUCUUGUGUUCUCGAUCUGUGCAUGUUCCAACUUCAGUGUAACAAAACUAGAUUUUGACUUAAAAAGGCUUUAAUUUACCGUCCUGCUUGCAGCUUCACUCAGCUUCCAAUGCUGUGGACAAACUGUAAACUGAGCUUUUUGUACAGCAAAACUGUUUUUCCUCCAGCAGAGAGAGCUCUUGUGCUAGAAAUAGCUUGUUUUAUUUCGAGGAUGUUCACGUCAGUAGUGGGAACACCUCUGAGAUGUCUUUUGUAUUUUUUACCCCUCAGACGCCUCUGAUGUAUUACUUGUUUUGUUUGAUGUAUUAAAGUGUUUUGAAUAUCUCG